CCAUCAAACAUAUAUUUUAUUUAUUUUCUCUACACAUCUAUUAUAAAUAAAUAUGCAAAAUCUCGUAAAUUUAUGUAGUAAAUAAAUAGAUUUAAGAAGAAGAUGUGAAAGCCACGUGGGCUCCACCAAUCUCCUUUAAUCUGUCUUUACAUACAAACUGGUCUCCCCCCCUUGAGCAUCUUCCUCUGGCAUCUGUCCUGCCCUUUUUUUCUAAAGCAUCUCCUUUUCAACAUUUCUUCGCGCGUGGACUCAACGCUCUGUUCGUUCGCGCGUGGUCUAACCAUCAAAGAGCUUUAACUCUCGUCACCAAAUCUCUCUUCUGCUUCCUCUGCUCCUCACUCCACUCUCUCUGACCACAAGGAAAACAAAAGGCUAAAAAAUGGCGGUCGUAAUUUCCAUUUCCCGUUUUGCCCCCAUCGCAUUGGCGUAUUUACUACUCCUAUCCGCCACCGUCUCCGCCAUCAACAUCACCGCCGUCCUCUCCCCAUUCCCUGAUCUCUCCACCUUCGCCGGACUCCUCGCCUCCUCCGGCGUGGCGGCGGAGCUCGCCGGCCGGAGCUCCAUCACCCUUCUAGCCGUUCCGAACUCUCACCUCUCCUCCUCCGCCGUAAGCCUCGCCCGCCGCCUCCCUCCGUCCUCCCUCGCCGACCUCCUCCGCUUCCACGUCCUCCUCCAGUUCCUAUCCGACUCAGAUCUCCGCCGCAUCCCUCCCUCCGGCUCCACCAUCACCACCCUCUACGACGCCUCCGGUCGCGCCUUCUCCGGAUCCGGAUCCGUCAACGUGACCCGAGACCCGGCCACCGGAUCCGUCUCCGUCAGAUCCCCGACCUCAAACGUCACCGUUUUGAACCUCCUCGUGACACUUUCCCCGAACAUCGUCACUGUCCUCUCCGUCGACUCCCUCCUCGUCCCCGCCGGAAUCGACCUCACAGCGUCGGAGAGCCUAACCCCUCCGCCGUCAUCGCCGUCGUCUCUACCGACGGCGGGGAUCAACAUCACGCAGGCGCUGAUCAACGGGCACGACUUCAACGUGGCGAUCUCCAUGCUCGUUGCCUCCGGCGUCAUCGCCGACUUCGAGAGCGACGAGCGCGGCGCCGGAAUCACCGUCUUCGUCCCCACCGACGACGCGUUCUCGGAUCUUCCGGCGAACAUGAGGCUCCAGUCCCUCCCCGCCGACCAAAAAGCCGUCGUCUUGAAAUUCCACGUCCUCCAUUCGUAUUACCCACUCGGAUCGCUCGAAUCCAUCACUAACCCGGUUCAGCCCACGUUGGCAACGGAAGAGAUGGGAGCCGGAUCGUACACGUUGAACAUUUUCCGGGUUAACGGGUCGGGUAUCACGAUUGAUUCGGGUGUGGUCCACGCCCAUGUGACCCAGACGGUUUUCGAUCAGAACCCGGUUUCUAUAUUCGGUAUAUCGAAGGUGCUUUUGCCCAAGGAGUUGUUCGAUGGAGUUCCGGGUCGGGGUUCGGGUUCGGGCCAAGGCGGGAGUUCGGGCGAUCCUUCUCCGCCGCACGAGAUCUCGCUGUCGCCGGAGAGUUCAGAUGAUUCGCCGUCGCGGCUGUCAUCGCCGCCGGACGAUAUAAGUUCAGGCGGUCGCCGGAAGACACGCGUUCUCUUGGCCAUGCGUUGUAUAGCAUUUUGUGUGUUGGUCAUGAUUUUUUUCUCUCAUUGAGUGUCUUUUCCUUCUUUGGGUUGGUUCUUAUUCUUAUUGGUUUAUUAUUUUUUUUUUGUUUACGAGAUAAACUUAAAUCAAAUGUGGAAAAUUUUAUAUUACAAAUC